UUCCUGGAUGUUGAAGGGUGGCAGUAGAUGAAGCCGCUCGCUAGACCAAAACCAACGGAGAAUGUAGACGGGUACAGUGGCAGUGGAGCGGCUGUUGGUUUAGUAAUUAAAACAUCAGUCAGUUUAUAUACAAAAAGUGGGGGGAUAAUUUGUGUGUGAUGGAGAGAGAUCGUUGUUUUUAUGACGCAUACAUGCGAAUUGGAUGCGUUGUGUAAUGCACAUAGAAGGGACUGUCUAUGGGGAGGAAUAUUAAUGGUUCGAGAGAUUUUGUCGGAGAAGCUAGCCAACUUUGCUAGCACGCUUAAGCUAGCUAGCUACCUGCGUUUGAGGAAAUUCUGCAAGGAUGCUACGUUGGAUACGGCAACAGCUGGGCUUUGACCCUCCCCAUCAGAGUGACACCAGGACGGUUUACAUCGCAAACCGCUUCCCUCAACAUGGCCAUUAUGUCCCCCAGCGCUUCGCAGACAACCGCAUCAUAUCCUCCAAGUACACUGUCUGGAAUUUUGUGCCCAAGAACCUGUUUGAGCAGUUCAGAAGGAUAGCCAAUUUUUACUUUCUUAUCAUCUUCCUCGUGCAGCUAAUGAUAGAUACGCCCACUUCUCCAGUAACAAGUGGACUUCCUCUAUUUUUUGUCAUCACAGUAACUGCCAUUAAACAGGGCUACGAGGACUGGCUGCGGCACAAGGCAGACAACGAGGUCAACGGAGCUCCCGUGUUUGUGGUCCGCAGCGGCAGCCUGGUGCAGACGCGCUCCAAAAACAUACGAGUGGGGGACAUUGUGAGAGUAGCCAAAGAUGAAACGUUCCCAGCCGACCUGGCGUUACUGUCCUCGGAUCGGGCCGAGGGUACCUGCCACAUCACCACCACCAGCUUGGAUGGGGAGACCAACCUGAAGACCCACUAUGCAGUGCCAGAGACAGCCGUAUCCCAGUCGGUAUCCAGACUGGAGGCCCUGCAGGCGGUGGUGGAGUGCCAGCAGCCCGAGGCCGACCUGUACAGGUUUGUUGGGAGAAUAACGGUAACACAACAAGGAGAGGAGAUCGUAAGACCCCUAGGACCAGAAAACCUGCUGCUAAGAGGAGCUCGACUGAAAAACACCAAAGAAAUCUUUGGUGUGGCCGUGUACACCGGCAUGGAGUCAAAGAUGGCGCUGAAUUACAAGUGCAAAUCCCAGAAGCGGUCGGCAGUGGAAAAAUCCAUGAAUACAUUUCUCAUCAUCUAUUUGGGUAUCCUGCUGUUCGAGGCCAUCCUCAGCACCAUUCUGAAGUACGCCUGGCAGGCUGAGGACAAGUGGAACGAGCCCUUCUACAACCAGAAGACUGACCUGGAGAGAAACAGCAGCCAGAUUCUGAAGUUCAUUUCGGAUUUCCUGGCGUUCCUUGUGUUGUACAAUUUCAUCAUCCCAAUAUCGCUGUACGUUACCGUGGAGAUGCAGAAGUUCCUGGGCUCAUUUUUCAUUGGCUGGGAUUUGGAUCUGUACCAUGAGGAGAGUGACCAGAAGGCACAAGUCAAUACCUCAGACCUCAAUGAGGAGCUCGGGCAGGUGGAAUACGUCUUUACGGACAAGACUGGUACACUUACUGAAAACGAGAUGCAGUUUCGGGAAUGCUCUAUUAAUGGGAUCAAAUAUCAGGAGAUCAACGGCAAGCUCGUCCCAGAAGGGGUGGCAGACGACUCACCGGACGGCUCCAUCCCUCGCUUGAUCCGUGAGGAGGAGCUGUUCCUGAAAGCAGUCUCGCUGUGCCACACGGUGCAGAUCAGCUACGAUCUGGAUCAGGCCGACGGCUUUGGCGACACGUUCUCCCACACUAACGGCUUCUCCCAGAUGGAGUACUACGCCUCCUCGCCUGAUGAGAAGGCGCUGGUGGAAGCCACCAAAAGGAUGGGGGUGACGUUCAUGGGGAGCCACGCAGAAUACAUGGAAGUUAAGACAUUUGGAAAAUCGGAAAGAUAUAAACUGCUCCAUGUCUUAGAGUUUGAUGCAAACAGAAGGAGAAUGAGUGUGAUACUACAGACACCCUCAGGGGAGAAAGUGAUGUUUACCAAAGGAGCAGAGUCCGCCAUUCUUCCCUACAUCAAAAGUGGGGAGCUGGAGAAGACAAGAGUCCAUGUGGAUGAGUUUGCAUUGAAGGGUCUGCGGACGUUGGUGGUGGCGUGCCGCCACUUCAGUGUGGAGGAGUACAGGGACGUGGACCGGCGUCUGCACGAGGCGCGCACCGCCCUGCAACAGCGCGAGGAGCGCCUGGCCGACGUCUUCAGCUUCAUCGAGCAGGACCUGGAGCUGCUGGGAGCCACCGGUGUCGAGGACAAGCUUCAGGAGAAGGUGCAGGAGACCAUUGAGGCGCUGCGGCUGGCCGGCAUCAAGGUGUGGGUGCUAACUGGUGACAAGCACGAGACGGCCGUCAGCGUCAGCCUGUCCUGUGGCCACUUCCAUCGCACCAUGAACAUCCUGGAGCUCGUCCAGCAGAAGUCUGACAACGAGUGUGCCGAACAGCUCCGCAGACUGGCCCGCAGGAUCAAAGAGGACCAUGUGAUCCAGCACGGCCUGGUGGUGGACGGGGCGAGCCUGUCUCUGGCCUUGCGGGAGCACGAGAAACUCUUCAUGGACGUGUCCAAAAACUGCUCUGCCGUGCUCUGCUGCAGGAUGGCCCCUCUGCAGAAAGCCAAGGUGGUGCGUCUGCUGAAGACUUCUCCAGAGAAGCCCAUCACUCUGGCCAUUGGUGACGGAGCCAAUGAUGUCAGCAUGAUUCAGGAGGCCCAUGUUGGCAUAGGUAUUAUGGGAAAAGAGGGCAGACAGGCAGUCAGAAACAGUGACUAUGCAAUCGCAAGGUUUAGGUUCCUUUCCAAACUGCUGCUUGUGCACGGCCACUUCUAUUACAUAAGAAUAGCCACCCUGGUGCAGUAUUUUUUCUACAAGAAUGUGUGUUUUAUCACGCCCCAGUUUUUAUACCAGUUCUUCUGUCUGUUUUCACAACAAACUCUUUAUGACAGUGUCUAUCUGACACUCUACAACAUCUGCUUCACCUCGCUGCCCAUCCUGGUCUACAGUCUGUUUGAGCAGCUCGUCCACCCGCACGUGCUGCAGAGCCACCCAGCGCUGUACAGGGACAUCAGCAAAAACUCCAUGCUCUCCUUCAAGACGUUCCUCUACUGGACCAUGCUGGGCUUCUGCCACGCCUUCGUCUUCUUCUUCGGCUCCUACAUCCUGAUGGGGGAGGACACCACGCUCUUGGGCAACGGGCAGAUAUUCAGAGCUAACAGACAACUGAUGUUUGGAAACUGGACGUUUGGAACGAUGGUUUUCACAGUCAUGGUCAUCACAGUCACACUGAAGCUGGCCUUGGAGACCCACUUCUGGACGUGGAUUCACCACUUUGUCACCUGGGGCUCCAUCGCUUUCUAUUUCAUCUUCUCCUUGUUUUAUGGGGGCAUCAUCUGGCCGUUCCUCCACACGCAGGACAUGUACUUCGUCUUCGUCCAGCUGUUGUCCAGUGGCUCGGCCUGGUUCGCCAUCAUCAUCAUCGUGACGGGCUGCCUGUUCCCUGAUGUCAUAAAGAAGGUGCUCUAUCGGCACCUACAGCCCACCAGCACCCAGAAAUCUCAGAUGGAAGAGGAUAAGGUUUCAGUCCGCUCAGAAUAUGACUCUGCUCAAAGCAGGAACAGAGGGGAGGACAAUUGGCAACUGCUAGCUGCUUCUCCUCCCCCCGCCCUCGGUGCAGCCCUAUCCUCCCCUAGCUUGCUGAGGUCCAGCAGGGCUCAGUCAGCUGCCUGGACUCCCUGCGCUGCGUCGGCCCGGAGGAGCAGGAGGGGCCGGGCGUCCGCGUCCGGCUGGGCCGGCUGGUGGAGCGGUUGAUGGGCCGCUGCGCGCCUCCCAGGGCCGGCAGAUCGUGGAGCAACUCGGAUCCAUACUACUCCAACGACAGGAGCAUCUUGACCCUCUCGCCCAUCGAGGCCACUCAUUACUAGUGCCCCGGAGGCCUGUAGCCUGCGCCCCCCGCCUGCCAGCCCACAGCGGGCGCUGCCCAGUGUGCCCGGACCAAGGCUGGCCUCUUCAGCUCUCUCACCAGCCUCACCUCAGCCAGAAUAAACUCACACCUGAAGAAUGUGACUGACCCCCUGAGGCAACACAAUCAACACACCUCUCACUCACCGACUUCAUGCAAACACAGGAAGGGAAUCAUAAUGGCACAGAAGACCAAAGGAUUUAUCUCAUCUAGAGAGAGAGAGAGUGUGAGUAGGAAACAGACACAGAGGAUUGUGGUGGUGCUACUCUAGGUUACUGCUGCUUCCACUAAAUGACUGAUGGGCUGCAAAUCUUUCCUGGGGAAAGUACCGUAGACAGCCCAUUUAAAAAACAAAACAAACAAAAAAAAAAAGCCAUAUCUUCUGUGUUUUUUGAAAUACCUGAUUUUUCAAGGUAUGAAAUAUGAGCGCAUUUAGCACUCUAGUUGGGGCGGUGAAUGACGUCAGCCCAUGAACAGCCCACCCAGGCCUGUGCUCUGGUGUGCAGGUGGAAGAAUGGCCCUCAUAGCUCACUAUGGUACUCCUACAUAUCAACCUGAAACUUAUGUGACCUGCACAUUGAUUUUUUUUUUUUCAUGAUUUCUCUUUGUUGUUUUGUAAUCUGUUGUGCAAUGCAUACUUUUUCUUCUCCCCUAUCCAUCAUCUUGUCAAUCAUCAUUCUAUUAGCAUGCUUUUUUCCCUGUGUGCUUCUGUUCUCUUGGUUUUUCUUUUGGUUACUAACCACUUUGUUGACUGUGCUGUAUGUGUGUGUGCGGUUCAUCAUCCCAUUGCAAGAAGGCAGCGAUCAGCCGAGAUAGAUUCUAACCUGCCUUCGCCUCAGCCGUGGAGGCCUCGAGGUCCCCCACCACACAGAAAAAGCUUCACCUUGGUGCACCAGGGGAUUAGUAGAUGGUCGUUGAGACAACCGUUUUAAAUUUGCUAUCGACACAGUAACAUCUCUCUCUCUCUCUCUUUUGAUAUCAGCACGCAUGUGGAAAAAACCCUUGAUGAGCCAAACUCACAGUAUAUAAGUGAUGGCUUUUGUGGUGGGGGGAACUCACUAAGGGAUAUAGCACUCUCAUUGACUGAAAUCUGGGAGCUGUAGCCUACUAAGUCUCUUUUCACAAGAUACUUGAAUUUGCAGCUACUCAACUGUACCUUGAUGAUAUUCUGAAGCAUGACCGCAAGCAUUCAAAGAGGUUGCUGAAGCGCUGCUGCUGAAGGAUGCAUAUCUGAUAAAUUAGACAAACGAGCAUCAUUUUCUACUGAGGUACACUUUUGAGGUUUUUAAAUUAUGUUGGUACGUCACAUUUAUUUUUCAGCACAUGCAUUGCAGGUGUGAUGUCCAGGGCAUCAAAUAAUUUGUGCUCCAUGGGUUCUGAUCACAGAUUUGUCACUUUACGUCAUGAACGCCAGCAGAGUUUGGCCACAUUGUUGGCGAGGUUCCGCUACACAUUUCAUAUAUUUAUCAUACACCUGUUAUGUAGCAAACAUAUCUUGUCUUGCCCUAAAUGACUCAUUAGCAAUAACAAUCAGUUGAUACAUGGGAAUACUUGGGACUAGAUGCAAUGUCAACUAGCCACUUCCUUGUUUGUUUUUAACCAUGUUGAGAAAAAAAAAAAGAUAAAAGUUCAGUUACUGGUAUUGUACGCUCCUGGCAGUGAAAGUAAUGAAUUGCUGAUGUUAAUGAAAACAGUUAUAUUUACGGAAUAAAUAUGUCUUUUUUUAAUAUA